AUCUAUGAUAAUCCCUCAGUUUUCUUGUUUCUUUGGAUUCAGGAUCAUGAGUGAAACAAAGGAGUCUGACAACCAAGAGGAAACUAGCACUUCCCCCUCACUACACCACAGAGUCCCAAAAUGCGCUCGCUGUCGUACACAUGGCACGGUAUCAUGGUUGAAGGGCCACAAACACUACUGCCGCUGGAGAGACUGCACAUGCGCAAAAUGCCAGCUGAUCACUGAAAGGCAACGCGUGACAGCCGCACGCGUUGCGUUACUGAGACAGCAACGCAAAGGAGCUGAACUAAGAGCUAAAUAUCAAAGAGAAUUGGAAAACGCCCGUUUGACGUACUCCAUGGUGUUCCAAACAAACGGAUUACCAGGAUUCCCAAAUAAUCAUCGACACCACUUUUAUCAUAAGCACCCUCACGCAGACAUGAGCCACAUUGAACCAAGGAUAACAGAAAUCACGCCAUUAUCAGAAUCCCUGAAGAGAUGCAACUCAGUCUCCGAAGACGACGAAGAGGAAAGCACAAGCCCCAAAAGAAUCGCUCUGUCUCCUGACCUCCACGUGAAAGCGGAGCCACGUGAGCACGCCGAAAAAGACCGUCAUGAAAGUUUACCUGAGACAAGAAAAUCUCCAGAUCACUCCGUCGACAACAUUCUCAAUUCAAGUAACAAAUAUCUACUGGAAAACCUUCAUGAUAGGUCUCAGGAGUUCAGGUAUCCAAGGCUGUCGAAGGAAAUAAGUGCUCUGUCCCUGAGACACCCGCCGAUGGAACUACUCGGCAAGCUCUUUCCUCAUCACAACAGGGGCACGUUGGAACUCAUCCUUCAGAGUUGCAAUGGCAGCGUCGUGGAAAGCAUUGAACUUCUCUUGUCCUCCCAAGAGCAGAGAGGCAACAAGAUGGCGUUGGGUGGCUGUGGUUUUCCUCCAGCCAAUCACCAUUCUCCUUUCCUUCACGGCCCAAUGACUCGAAACGUCAUCACAAGACCGCUGCCCAGUACUCAUGCAUGUUCACCAUCGGCGAUUUACCCACCAUCGCCACUUCCGCCGCCACUUCUUGUGAAGCCUAAACCGGAAAUGGCAGUUAAGUUUUCCCCUAUGGCGCAUGCUCCCUAUGGGGCAGAACCGAGGCUAGGUGAAAGGCCUUGUGGACUUGGCAUAAGCCGGUUUUGUAGCAGGUGUGGUUACAAGAUAAACAUGUUUGACAAGUUUUGCGCGCAUUGUGGAAAAGUUCUCAGUGAAACACCCAGUGGUCUUUGAAUGACAAGUCUGGGGAAUGGAUUGACUUUUCAACUGUUCGCAGUAAAGUAGAAAUUUAAAUUUUUAAUGACAAUAACAUAUUUCGGAUUUGCAUUAGUACACAAAGGUCAUCAACAUAGCUUUUAAGGUAGAAUGACAUCGGCGGCAUUCAAAAUCUCUUUUUACAUCAGUAGAAAAUGGUAGAAAAAGCCCUUUGGUAUUUUGCUUCUAUGGCCUCAAUUUCAAACUAAGGAAGUGAAGCAACUGAAAAAAAAAUUAAGCGCAUAGAAACUGCAAUUGCAUCUAGUUUCUCCUCAAGGAAGCACCAGAUUUUCAAGAUGACGGACGAUGAGAAUACAGAGAAUAGUCAAGCAACAAGAUGCACUACAAAAUUCUCAGAUCUAAUUUUAUAGGAAUAUACGGUAGUAAGUAUGGAGAAUUUAAACUUUUAGUUCGACGCAGUGAGCGUUUAAUAUAGUGAGUUCGUUCCAUUUCGUUUAAUAGCGGAUAGCAUCAUACUGAAACUUCCGCAAGGGGCGCAUGUGAAUUCUUGAGGUACAAUGAAGGAUUAUGGGAAUAAAAUGCUCAUAUUGUUGUAAUUUCGAAUAAUUGACAGGAUAAUGAUUCAUAGCGCGCAUUGGUUAGCACUUGAAAGGAGCUGCGUCACAAUUUGCGCAUCUUGAAAAGGUCAACCUAAAUUUUUCAAGUUCGUCGUUUACAAUCCGUGUUAAUCUUUUCCAUCCUUGUUCCGCUUAACGAUUUAUUUUUAUCUUUUUGGUGUUUUUCUUUCUAAGUAAACUAUUAUCUUCAACUAAUUUUGUACGCGGCCAAAAUAACUCAAAAUGCCGUGACUUAGCUCCCUUAAAUUAAAAUAAAGAGACAAUCAAAAAACGACUAAAAUUACCAUUAAAUUAAACCAAAAGUGUAUUUGAAAAAUUAUUUUGCAAAUUCCUGUGUGACUAAUUCAUAAUCUACUUUCUCCUCUACAAAUUAGUACAAAGCCAAGUAAGGAAGUUGUAAGGAUAAACAAACUGAUCACUAGAGGCAAACUGGCUUGAUAUCAAAUAAAAUUUAACAAGCUACCUUAGAAAUGUCUGGAAGCGUGCAAAAAAAAGUUCAUCUUGUUAAAAGAUUUUUAAAGGAUUGUUAAAGGAAACUAACAUGGUGUAAAGGAAAAAAGAUGUUUUUAGUGGAUUUUUCCAUGGUCUUAAGCAUGCAGAUAAUUUUACUCAGUACAGCCAACUUCCUCUAAUUCAGACGAGCUCAUAAUCAGUGACUAGACUUUUAUUUUAGAGAUUCUUUUCUCAACGUGUCCGUCCUCUAAUGAGGAGCGUGCUUAGUGAUUAAAGCAUGUCAAUCAAGAAGUUGACUGAGAAAAUUUGGCUUUGCAGUAUCUGUAAAUACUGAGCAACGAACUGCAAGCUAGUCAACAAAACUAAGGAAGCUAAGGAAUAUUUAUAUAAUUGUGAUUAAGAAUCAAUUACUUACUUCAUUAAUAAUAAUCAUUAAGUUUUAUCAAUAAAUUGAUUAUUAUCGGA